AUGGAAGCGAAUCAAUCCUCUGCGACCUCGAAUCGUCUCGCUGUUGAUCAUUAUGACAAUCCGUUCUUCCUCCACAACUUAGAUCUUGAUGGACUUGCUCUCGUCAUCGAUCAUCUUGCUCCAGGUGCUGAUUUUCAUGUUUGGCGUCGUUCGGUACGUAUGGCUCUCAAUGUCAGAAACAAACUCGGAUUCAUCGAUGGUACUAUCUUGAAACCCCCUGAUAAUCAUAGAGAUUCUGGUGCUUGGUCUAGAUGCAAUGACAUGGUCUCUACUUGGUUGAUGAAUUCGGUUUCGAAGAAGAUAGGUCAGAGUUUGCUAUUUGUAAAUAACGCUGAAGGGAUGUGGAAGAAUCUUAUGUCAAGAUUUAAGCAAGAUGAUGCUCGAAGAAUCUAUGUGAUUGAGCAGAAGUUGAGUAACAUUCAGCAAGGCUCUCUUGAUAUUAGUACAUACUACACAGAAUUGAUCACUUUGUGGGAAGAAUAUCAAAACUAUGUGGAUCUUCCGAUUUGUACGUGUGGGAAAUGUGAAUGUCAUGCUGCAGUCUCUUGGGAAAAGCUUCAGCAACGGAGUCGUGUCAUAAAGUUUUUGAUGGGGUUGAAUGAAGCGUAUGAAGCAACUCGCCGUCACAUACUGAUGCUGAAACCAAUUUCAUCCCUAGAAGAAGUCUUCAACAUGGUCACUCAAGAUGAAAGACAAAAGAGCAUCAAACCAACGACUAAGAUUGAUAAUGUGGUUUUUCAGAACUCUAUUUCUGAUUUGGAGGCUUCUGUGUAUGCUGGUCCUACUGAGAAUAUGGCAUAUGCUACUAUGAAUAACAACUACUGA